UUGAAUGUGGCUACGCAUCUAUUUUCAUCAUCGUUAUUAGCCAAUACAGUAAGAAUUCAAUCAGCCACAUAUUCAUUUAGCAAUGGCAUAUUGACUGUUUCUGGCGAUGGCACUAUACAGCGCUCUGAAGUUGAACAAUAUUCAACGCAAGCAAAUGAAAUCCGUAUAACGGAAUCGGUUGAAACAAUUGGUUCCAAAGCUUUUGAAAACUUCAAUCUUUUAACAAAAGUUCAAAUAGAUUCUACAUUGAAAACAAUUGAGUCUUUCGCAUUCAACGGAGAUACUGCCAUAACGUCCAUAACAUUGCCAAGCGGUUUGUUGACACUUGGAGAUAGCUGCUUCCAAGAUUGUUCUGGCAUUACAACAAUUUCUUUACCAGAAAGUUUAACUGCAAUAGGUCAGGCAGCAUUUAGUGGAGCAUAUUCGUUAACAGAAAUCACAAUACCACAAACCGUUACAAGAAUUGAGAAAGAUACUUUCAAUUCUUGCACGGGUCUAACAAGAGUAACAUUUAGCGUAGAGACAACAUUCAUCGGCGAAAGUGCAUUUGCAAACUGCGAUGUUUUAGUAUUGGUCGAUUUACCAUUAAUUGUUACAGAAUUAGGUGCAAAUUGUUUCAGUCACUGUGUUAGCUUUACCAGAUUCGAUUUACCACCAGAACUUAUAACAUUACCUGAACGUUGCUUUUCUGGAUGCACUCUUUUAGAAACUAUCAAUUUUAAUGACAAAAUACAAAAUAUUAACAAGUAUUGCUUUGAAAGCUGCAACAGCUUAGUUAUAAGUAAGCUCCCUUCUACAGUUACUAACAUCCAAGAAGGUGUUUUUUACAAUUGUCAGAAAAUUACAACUUUUAACAUGACAGGAUUGCGAUACGUAUCACCAAGGCUCUUUGCCAACUGUAACAAACUGGAAUCUAUCACUCUCGAUGGUUCAUUAACAAGUAUACAAGAAUCUGCUUUUGAAAAUUGCACAAGUUUAGUAAUUUCUUCACUUCCUUCCAUCGUAUCUAAUAUCUUCCAAAGAGUAUUCUAUGGCUGCUUAUUAAUAGAAACGUUUACUUGA